AUGUUUAAUCCCCUGAAGUCUCUGGGCAGACUGGUCAACAAAUCUUCCCCAUUAGCAGCCCUCAAUUUCAGGGAGCUUCCCUCUGUCCUCAACCAUAGUUCAUCUCCCAGCCAGAACCUGUUCAGUCCUCUUCCCACUUCAUACCCCAUCUUCAGUAAAGUCCAGUCUGGACUGUGCAGUAAGGAGGACCCCCAGAGUAAUGGACAGCCAGGGGGACCCCGAAUCCAUUCCAACCCCCCAGAGAGUCCCAGAGCCAACAAGAAAUGUAAGGGGGUCUCUCUGAGUUUGGCCAUCUUAGAGAGCACACCGAGCAGGACCUACCACUUCACAGAGGAUGAUCUGCACACUGUGCUCUAUGGGUACACCUGUGGCACCGAGACCAAACGUGCCCAACAUGGCGCCACACAUGCCAUCUCUGGGCUGAGGAUACCAGCCAGCUCUGCAGGGUUGGACUCCCAAAUACUGGACAGAGAGGCACUACAACUACCAGAAGGUUUGGCCAUCAUGAGGACCAAGUAUGGAGAUAUUCCAAAAUCAGGGGUCUUUAGCACAAACAUCAUACCUAAAGGGUUGAAAUUCGGUCCGUUUCAGGGGAAAGUGGUGAACACAAGUGAAAUAAAAACCUAUGAUGAUAACUCACUGAUGUGGGAGAUUUUUGAAGACGGAAGACUCAGUCACUUCAUAGACGGGAAGGGGGCAUGUGGGCAUUGGAUGGCACUAGUGAACUGUGCCCGCUUCCCCGAGGAGCAGAACCUGAUCGCAGUGCAGAGUGAGGGGGAGAUCUUCUAUGAGACCUGUAAGGAGAUCCUGCCCAACCAGGAGCUGCUGGUCUGGUAUGGGGAUUUCUACCUCCAGUUCCUGGGCAUCCCUGUCAGUCUGAAGGGCAUGGAUGAGGGCAGAGACCCAUUCCAGCACACAGAAGAGUCUGGAGAGGGAUACAAGUGUGAGCGAUGCGGAAAAGUGUUUGCCUACAGAUAUUACCGUGACAAGCACCUGAAAUACACUCGCUGUGUGGACCAGGGGGAUAGAAAGUUUCCUUGCCAUCUGUGUCAAAGGUCAUUUGAGAAGAGGGACAGACUGAGGAUUCACAUUUUACAUGUGCAUGAGAAGCACAGACCACACCAAUGCACAGUGUGUGGGAAAAGUUUCUCUCAGUCGUCCAGCCUGAACAAGCACAUGAGAGUCCAUUCCGGAGAGAGACCUUAUAAAUGUGUCUACUGCAACAAGGCAUUUACAGCAUCCAGUAUCCUUCGCACUCAUAUCCGGCAACAUUCGGGUGAGAAGCCUUUUAAGUGCAAACACUGCGGCAAAGCCUUUGCCUCUCACGCUGCCCAUGACAGCCAUGUGCGCCGCACUCACAUUAAGGAGAAGGGAUACAGCUGUACACUGUGUGGACAGAAUUUCCUGGAACUGGAGGAGUUCCGAUAUCACAUGCAGAUCCACUCUGCUCUCUAA